GGGUUGGAGGUGCUGCGAGGGGCCAAGGAACCACUGGUGAUCCAGCACCCCUGCCUCUGCCCCCUGGUCCCGGCCUUGUGGACAGCGGGACCCAGACAGACAUCAGCUUUGAGCGGCUGCUGGCACGGGGCUGGCGCCCACCCCCUGACAUCACCUCCCUUGGGCAUGAGUACUACGACCCUGUGGAGUUAAUGGAAGGCGUGGUCCUGGAGACAGAGCGCACAGAGGAGCUGGAAUAUGAGGUGAAUCCCAAUAGCAUCGCAGCCAGGGAUGGACGUAUCCGUGAAGGGGAUCGCAUUGUCCAGAUCAAUGGGGUGGAGGUCCAUGACCGGGAGGAGGCUGUGGCCAUCCUGACCCACGAGCAGCGAACCAACAUUUCCCUGCUGCUGGCACGGCCUGAGGCUGAGGGGCUGGCUCUUAACUCUCCACCCCAGCUGUCAAAGCACUGGAAGGACAGUGACCGCGAAGAUUUCCUUGAUGACUUUGGCUCUAACCCCGAGGAUGAGGCACGACCCCGACCCCCCCGUGCUGCCCCAGGCCAGCCCCAAAUGGCCACCCCCGCCCUGCCACUGCCCCCCCCUGCAGCCCCUCCGGCCUUGGGGGAGCCGGACAGUGGGGUUGGCCGCACAGAUGAGAGCACCCGCAACGAGGAGAGUUCGGAGCAUGACUUGCUAGGUGAUGAGCCCCCCAGCGGCACUGGCACCCCAGCCCUGCAGCGCCGUGGUGAGCCCCUCCCAGAUGCUGUGGUCCCUCCACCUAGCCCCCCAGCCACCCCAGGCCUCACCCCGGAGGAGGCUGAAAGAUAUCGGGAGCUUCUGGAGCUACGGGGGCACCUCCAGAAUGGCAACCAGGGUCCCCCCCUUUACCGGGGGGUGCCAGGGGGCCUGGAUGUCAACCGCAAUGAAGUAGCUUUGCUGGAGGAGGAGCUGCGGCACCUGGAAUUCAAGUGCCGCAACAUUCUCCGUGCCCAAAAGAUGCAGCAGUUGCGGGAGCGGUGCCUCAAGGCCUGGCUGUUGGAAGAUGGGGGGCCAGGGGGCUAUGAAGUCUCCCUAGGCGGACCCACCCAUGCCUUGGCUGAUAUCACGGAGCUCCCUGAAAGCGCCUAUAACACGGGUGAGAGCUGCCGCAGCACCCCUCAGCUCGAGAGCCCACUCCGCCAGCCCCCCAUGGGCAACCUCAACCGGCCUCCGGGUCCCCCGAAAACUCGGCGCCCUAGUGAGGCCCGUCCAACCAAGCGCAGCCCCCGGGAAGCUUCACCCAGUCGUCUAGGCCGCAAGGACAACAUGGCUGUUGUUGCUUCAGCACCGCCAGGCCUAGUGCCUCUGUGUGCCAGCGAAGCCUUGCCAGGAGUAGGCCGGGGUGGGGAAUGGCGGGGCAAAGGUGCCAAGAGGCCUGUGAGAGACCGGCUUCUCAAGGCACGGGCCUUGAAGAUCAGGGAGGAAAGAAGCGGGAUGACAACCGAUGACGAUGCCAUGAGUGAGCUGAAGUUGGGCCGCUACUGGAGCCGAGAAGAACGCAAGCAGCACCUGGCCCGAGCCCGGGAGCAGCGCCGGCGCCGUGAGCUGAUGCUCCAGAGCAGGCUGGAAGCAGCAGGGGCAUCCCCCGAGACCUCAGCCGUGGCCCUGGGCCACCGCAAGACGCUGAGGAAGCGGAGCCGCCGCAUCCUAGACAACUGGCUGACCAUCCAGGAGAUGCUGGCCCAUGGCAGCCGUGGGGCCGACGGCAGGCGGCUCUACAACCCCCUGCUCUCUGUCACUACUGUCUGAGGGGGAGUUCCACCCCCCCCGCCUCCACCUCCCACAAGGCCUGUUGCCCUGGCAAGGCUGGCCCCGCUGAGCUUGGGGCUGUGGGAGGCUUUGCCAGGCUUAGUCAGCCACAAGGACAAAAUGGCCACCAUUGCUUUUGCAGUACUGACCUUCGGUCCAAGUCUAGGGCCAAGGGUGGCUUUGCCAAGAAGAGUAGGCCACAGGGGGACGUGGCUGCUGUUGCCCUGGCGAUACCCACCCCAGCCAAGCAAGGGCCUGGGAGGCUUUGCUGGGCCGAGCAAGCUGUGCGGGCAAUGUGGCCGCUAUUGGUCUGGCACUUUCUGCCCUAGCCUGGUGUGGGGAAGCUUCACUAGGUUCAGUAGGCCACAGGGACAAUAUAGCCACUGUCACCCUUCCCUGCUGGGGCUGGAGAGGUUUUGCCAAGAAAAGUAGGCAGCAGGGGCAAAGUGACCAAGACUGUGCCUGGGGAGGCUUUGUAGCCACUGUCACCCUGGUGCUGCCUGGCCUGGGCCCUGUAGAGGUGUUACCAGGCCAAGCAGACCACACGGACACCAUGGCUACCAGUACCCCAGACUUUCAGGUGGAACAAGCGCCUGAAAAAA